CAUAACCAGCUCGGAGAUUACGAUCAAUGACAAAGUUGUACAUAAGCCAGACCAAAACUCAACCAGAACCAAACAAACAUCAUCAUCAUCAAAAAAAGAGAAAUUGGAAAUUGAUUGAUAAUGGCCGAAUCACAAUCGACCAUCCAGAAGAAGAUGUCCUCCCUCUCAUCCCUCUCCAUCCGCCACAAGCAAUCCAGCAUCCUAAACAACAACAACAACAGUCAACAGCCCAACCCACCCAACAACAGUGGCAGCGCAAGUGCCCAUCAACACCGCCCGUCGAUCAGCAGUGUGUCCCAAUUGCUGCCCUCGAACGGCUCCACCUACGCCCGCUCGAUCGCCGAAGAAGACUGCUCGAUGGUCUACGAACCCUCGUCGACUGGUCAUUCCAUCCUCAAUCCUUCCGUCACCACUCCUCCCAAUAACAACAACAACAAUAAUAAUAAUAAUAGUAAUAGUAAUAGUAAUAAUAAUACGAAUACUUCCUCCUCGGCCGGCUCCACUACUCAUCCAACAAACACCGUCGAAUCCCUCCUCACCCUCGCCCAUAAACGCAUCACCACCCUCGUCUAUCUCAAGAAAGUCCAUCAGGGUAAGGUCCAUUGGUUUAAUACUAUCCUGCUCUCCAGACCCGAGCUCGAGAAAUGGUUCGAUCAUCAUCGGAUGAUCACCAGGACGACGAAAUUCGCCAUCUUGGGAAUGUCCUUGUCUUCCUUACUCGACAUCAACAACCUGCAGGACUUCUUGAAGGCGAUGAUCAAUCUGUUGCACGAAUUCGAGUCGAUCCCCAACGAUAAUUUCAAGCCCAAGAUCACCAGUCUAUCCAGAGGGAUCUUUAAGCAGUCAUCCAAGUCCGCCCGGAAGUCGGCUGGAGGAGCAGGCACGGACUAUUCGAUAACGCUACAAGACUCCGGCGACCCGUCGUUCAUAUACACGCCCAACAUCCCAUUCGAUUUAGAUUAUUUCGAGGUAUGGAUCACGUUAAGUGAUAUGCUGGUAGAAGUGUACCAAAAGAUGAUCAAGUUCAUCUCCAGCAGCAGUCCCACCACCCCAGCAGGAACGGCCACCGGAACCACCUCGAGCAGCACCACACCAUCCACAUCCGCGUCCACAUCCGGCUCAACGAGCACCGGCACCACACUGACAACAAGCACGAGCAACCCCACUUCAGGUUCGCUCAGCGCUACCAUCGCCGGCUCCUCCGCACCCACUCAUCCUCACUCAGUCCUUCCUACUCCUCCAACAACUACUACAACAACUGCAGCAACAACGGCAGCAACUGCGUCUCAGCUCGGAUCGGUCCCCAUCCAUGUACCCGUCCCGCCGACCCGCUCGUCGUCUAAUUACUCGAUCGUCAGCGUCCAUCACACGUAUCUCAACAGCUCACAUAUCGAACUCAUCUCGCGAAUCGACUCUAAACUUAAAAAAUUGAUUGUGACCUUAACGAAGGAGAUUGAUGGGAUGGCCCGGGCGGCGAUUCGAGAAGAGCUAGCCCACCUGGACCCGAUGUUACUAUCCGCGACGACCACCGCCGCUGCCUCGACCUCUUCCUCCUCCUCGUCUUCUUCGCCGACCCCUCCUGCUGCUGCUGCUGCAUCUCUUCACCACCACCAUCACCAUCAUCAUCAUCAUCAUCAUCCGUCGACCUCUUCCUCCACGAAUACUAACCAUCUCAGUCUUAAUCUCCAUCAUCCUAACCAUUCCUCGUCCGCCUCGUUUACUCUUAAUGACUUCAAUCACACUCAUGAGUGGGAUUAACCUUCCCGCUUCUCUCUCAUCCAAACUCUGUCAUUCUCUUUCUCUCGUUUCUGGCAUCAGUAGUAAGUUGAGGAGAAUAUACAUAUACACAUGUCCCCGGAAAAAAGUACAUAUGUCGAGAACCCCCGAGCGGUUUGUGUUCGGAUGUUUAUAGUAGUAUGUGCACCGAUCCGUGCAUAGAUGCUCAGUCCGAGCGGGGCUCUAGGCUCCCGUCUUAUCUCCACACCCGUCUCCGCUUGUUGUACAUCUUCUUCUACUUCUUCACCCUAUUUAUAUGUAUGUAUGUUCGUCACCGACAUUCGUGGGGAUCGAUGAUCGGGCCGCUUCUUCAUCCGCUCAGAUCUCUGGCCAUUCUCGCGGCCUACAUUCUUCCAUAAUCCCAAUGCAAUCAUGAUGAGGCCUCCAUGAAUAGAGUCCUUACAAUCA